GGCUUCGUCUGAGGGCCAUGUGGCUGUUGGUAGCCCUGUCGGUCCUGGCUACGGGAAAUGGGGGAAUUGCUGGUGCCCAGAAGUCUAGGCUGACGCUGCAUCCAAAGUGGGUCAAUGUGUUCACUGGGGACAAAGUGACCCUGAAAUGUGAUGACCCCAACUCCCCGGGAAACAUCACCAACACAAAGUGGUUCCGUAAUGGUUCAGCCUUGGCAAUCCAGACCCCCAGCUACAGCAUCCAGGCCGCCAUCUUCAACGACAGCGGGGAGUACCAGUGCCAAAUGGAGGGGUCCAACAAGAGCGACCUCGUGCAGCUGGAUGUGAGCAAAGAUUGGCUACUCCUGCAGACCUCCAGCUGGGUGUUCCUGGAGGGCGAAACUGUGGACCUGAGAUGCUGCAGCUGGAAAGCCCAGCACUUGUUAAAGGUGACCUUCUACAAAGACCAAAGAAUAAUGAGGUUUUACAGCCACAAUUCCAGAUUCUCCAUCCCCAGUGCCACACACAGUGACAGCGGGUCCUAUCACUGCACAGGAUACCAGGGCAGCCAACUCUUCAAGUCAUUACCCAUCGACAUCACCGUCCAGGGUACAACCUCACCUUCAUCCUGGAUCCACAUCCUUUUCUUCUUGGCAAUGGGAAUCCUGUUUGCCAUUGACACGGGCCUGUAUGUCACUCUGCGGAGAAGGCUCUGCACAUCAGAGACAAAUAGGAAGUUUCUAGAAACAAAUGAGUACCAAGAGAGUGGAGCCCAUUUAAAUUUUCUCCUGGAGGCCAAGAGAAGCAUAAGUGGCAGUAGGAGGGAACGACCCAUCCCUGCUUCUCCCCCUCCUCUGCUUCCAGCCCCCAGGAGCCCCCUGAGACUGCAGUUGGAGUCAUCUCCCUUCCUUAGCUCUUCUCCUCACACUAGCACUUCCGAAUCAGAACACCACCUCUUCCCACUCACAUCCUGUACUCCCCCAGAUUGUCCAAUCCCUGGAGACAACACCAACCCAUCUCCCACCCUUCCAAGCCCAUAACCUCGGUAUUAUCCUUGACUCAUUUCUCUCGUUCAAUGCACGCCUUCAGUCUUUCACUGAGUCUUGUCGGUUCUUCCUUUGCAACAUCUCUAGGAUCUGUCCUUUCCUCUUCACCUGAACUGCCACCACCCUGCUCCAAGUACUUACCAUAUCCCACUUUGCUGCAUCAGCCCCCACUGAGCUCCUUACUUUCUGCCUCUCCCCACUCCAGUCCUCUGCUGCCCGAUUCAUUUUUCUCAAAAAAAAAAAAAAAUUCA